AUGGCGGAUGAGCAGUGGACUGUCGAUGCCACCGAGGCGACCAACAUUUCCCUGGUCCAGCAUGGCCCUAAUGGCUUGACCAGGAUCGAGACUUUCCAGCCCCGGUUCACAUAUCCCAUCUUCGAAGAAGAGCGCAUUUUCGGCCACAAGGGGCUCAGGAUCACCAUUGACUUCAACGCUAGCGAUAUGCGACCACACUUUUCGACCUCGUCCGCCAAGAAAUACGCAGAUGUUAGUGGCACUGAGCCCGAAGAUGUCCGUGCUACGAUGGAGGAGUUCCUCCCCAAAGUUGCGUUCCAGAAGAGAUCCGACUUCGAAGCCGCAAUCAAGGAUGUUCCUGUGAGCUGGACACCACCAGGUGAACGCAUCGAGACCAUUACCAAGAACGGCGACACUUACGAGAUCUGGCGCGGAACUCUCGAUGACCCUGCUGUGAGGCAACUCGUCAAGCGACUUCAAAUAUUCGUCCUUUUCUUUAUCGAGGGUGGCUCUUACAUUGGGGUUGAUGCUGAGGGCAAGGACGAGCAAGACUCAACACUGGCUAGGUGGGCAGUAUACUUUGUCUACAAGAAGCAGCUCGAUACUGCCACAGAUACGACGAGCAAGUCACCACAGUACAUUUUCCAAGGCUACUCGACAGUGUACAACUUCUGGUUGUUCCAAGACCUCACCCCACCGUCCAGUCCGAAGCAGGAUCGGACGGCAGCAAUUCAGCCCAGAACAGAUGAAGCCUGGGAAUUGCCCAAGGGUGAUAUCUCCAUCAGAGACAUGGCUCACCGGGCGAGAAUAUCACAAUUUGUCAUUCUGCCACCAUUCCAAGGCAAGGGUAUUGGCGCCAUGCUCUACAACACCAUCUUUGGUCGUCACGUGCGAGAAGAGGCUACCAAGGAAGUGACUAUCGAGGACCCGAAUGAGGACUUUGAUCUGCUACGAGAUCUCUGUGAUAUGCGCUACUUGCGCAAGAACGAGCCAGACUUUGCCGCACUGAAGGUGAACAACAAGAUCCCGACCAUUCCCAAGUUCGGUGGUGUCUUACACAACGACACUCGCAUUACACUAUCGGACAAAAACGCAUCAAGCACAAGCGACGCCGAUGCUAGUGGUGUUGUCGACAUCGAUGCGCUGGAGAAGCUGCGCGUCAAGACCAAGAUUGCGCCUCGCCAGUUCUGGCGCUUGGUGGAAAUGCACCUCAUGUCGACCUUGCCUGAGUCCGUUCGUCCAGUGGCAGACUUGAGCGCGCCUAGGCCGGCUCCAAGCAAGGAGGACGAGCAUGCUUACACUCUGUGGAGGCUCCUGCUGAAGCAGCGGCUUUACCGCCGCAACAUAUCGAUUCUGGGCGAGUUUGAGAUCACCGAGCGCAUCCUUAAGCUCAACGAGACAGUGUCGAACGUGGAGGGCGAGUAUGCUCGCAUUCUUGAGAGACUGGACGCCACACCGUCGUCCGCGGCUGACAAAAAUGGAAAGCGUAAGGCUGACGACUUGGGGCUUGAGAAGACGUUGGUUAGCAAGAGGGUGCGCAUCGAGGAGCCGUAG